AAACUCACAUAAACCUGCCAUCUGUCCACCAUUUCCACCGCAUCAUCCAAUCUUAUCUUCCUUCCUGCUUCUGCUUCCCUUCACUCCCAUAGUUUCCUCUCAACACCCAUCUACAAAUUCCUCCCAUCAUCUUUUGAUUCACCUUAUCAAUUUCAAAUUUUACAACAUUUUCACUUUAAUCAUCUUCUCUUGUGAGUUCUAGAUUCCCGUUUUGCUCAGAUAGUUAAACAAAAACCAAAUUGUCCCAACAAAGUAGUUCUUCCUUCCAUUCACACAUUUUUGUCUUAGUAGCUGCACAAAAAUGUCAGGUGGUGUUGGUCCAACGGGCAGUGACAUUAGCCUACCACAAGAACAAGAAGUUGGCCACAAAGAACCGCAAGAACAACAUUCACUCAAGAAUCUCCACAAAACCAUCACCACCACACCACACAAACCAACUUUCCUCUCUUUCCGCCAUCUCAACUGCUUAGCUGUGGUUGUUGUCUUAUCCGCCAGUGGCAUGGUUGCCCCUGAAGACUUCGCCUUUGUGCUCUUCUCCAUAAUCUACAUGUACUUCUUAUCAAAGAUGGCUUUCCCAUCUCUUCUCCCAUCAAAGGAGGAACCUUUAGUUUUCAACCCAAAAAACAAGGUCCUUGCCCUCUAUGUGUUUGUAGGGGCCAUCAUUGGACUUUAUGCCCCAAUAGCUUAUAUUUUAGAGGGAAUAUUUGAGGGUGACAAAGAAGGGAUCAAAGCAGCUGCACCCCAUGUUUUUCUCUUGUCCAGCCAAGUCUUCAUGGAAGGUGUGGCAUUCUCUGGCAGGUUCUCAACUCCAAUGAGAGCUUUUGUGCCUGUCUUUUACAACUCAAGGAGGAUUUUCACCAUUGUGGAUUGGCUUAGGAGUGAGAUCAACAAGGUUAAUGAAGUGCACAGUGGGUCUGAUAGGAGGAUCUUUGUUGGGAGGGUACUUGCUGUGGCUAACAUGGCCUUCUGGUGUUUCAAUUUGUUUGGAUUUCUGUUGCCUGUUUAUCUUCCAAAAGUUUUUAGGUUGUAUUACGCUGGUCACAAAGACUGAUCAAGGACAAGGAAGGUUGUUAAAUGUUUUGAUAGAGUAUCAUGUAGUUUUCUUUUGGUGUGUAAUGUCUUGAACCAUAAUUUACUGUUGGUUAUUGUAUGAUAUUUUCAUAGUAACUGUAUUUGCUUGUGUAGAUAUAUACCCUCUCUUGUGUGGCA